AUGCCUCACCACACAAUAUAUAUUUACUUCAUUAUGCAGCGAUAUUCAAGCGAUAAUAGAUUUGGAUUUUCAGACACAGAAAACAGAUUUGCGACAGAAAUUGAAAGUGACACUAAUUCCUGGUGA